AAUUCGGCAUGUUGCUGUUACAAUUGGCGCAUUCAAUGCAUGGCAAUAAAAAGGAGAGGAAAACGGAAGGAAUAGGUAAUUCCGGCAUGUUGCUGUUACAAUUGGCGCAUUCAAUGCAUGGCAAUAAAAGGGAGAGGAAAACGGAAGGGAGAGGUAAUUCCGGCAUGUUGCUGUUACAAUUGGCGCAUAUAAUGCAUGGUAGAAAAUUGAGAUGCAGGGAAUCGGAAUCAGAGAGAGAUGGCAAUAAAAAGGAGAGGAAAACGGAAGGAAUAGGUAAUUCCGGCAUGUUGCUGUUACAAUUGGCGCAUUCAAUGCAUGGCAAUAAAAAGGAGAGGAAAACGGAAGGAAUAGGUAAUUCCGGCAUGUUGCUGUUACAAUUGGCGCAUUCAAUGCAUGGUAGAAAAUUGAGAUGCAGGGAAUCGGAAUCAGAGAGAGCAUUGCAGAUGACUUAGAAGGUCCGGUUCUAACUGGAUCUCCUAAUAAAAGCAACUACUUUUAGCCAAUGGCAUACGUACACCAUGACCGUCGCCGCCAUUUUCAAAGUUUUGUUUCAGAGACAGAAGCCGCCCAGAAAUUUAAGAGGUAAUUAAGUGUUGUUCUCCAGGAUAAAUUGUAAGCAGCAUUCGACUGUUCGACAGUACAGUACGCUUAUCUAACUUAUACAAUACUCUAAACUCCAAAGGAAAAAUACUACUUACUUAUUAAUUCCAACAAUGUCCAAAUGCAAUGCAGAAUACCACGCUCAGAGGAGAAGAAUUUGAUCACAAGUUAAGAAAUACAUUGCAUGUACAACAAAUGGUGACCAAUUAUGAUGAAGAAGAAUCAAUGAUACUCAAAAAAAAGAGAGAAAAAUCUACUUUCUACCCCCCAUCUCUUUCGGGUUUAAACCGGAGCCACUCUUUGAUGAUUUGUCAAAACAAAACAGAGUUGGUUGUUCAAGUUAUAUAAAUAAAUAUAAAUAAACUGAUUGUGAUAGCUGUUUGUUUAAAAAUACAAACUUAAUCUAAUACAUACUCAGAUGUGCAUCACUUUUACAGUAGUAAAUAUGAACACCACAGGAAGAAUUCCAGUGGUUGUGACUGCGAUCUCCACUGUGUAAUUAUGAUAUCUAUUCAUCUUUUAGAUAUAUAAUUAAUAUUCAUUUUUUGUUGUACAAUCCAAAUGAAGAUAUAUAGCCUUUUAUAUUUUGGUAAUGAUAAAACAUGGUGAAUGUUUGACUAACCUGGCACCUAGAAUCUCAAAGUCUCCUCUCCAACCUGCAGUGUGGCUUCAGAAAACGCCGCAGCACCCUGGGCCAUUUGGUCCGUUUUGAAACCUUUGUCAGGGAAGCUUUUGUCGGCAAACAACAUGUUCUAGGGGUGUUUUUUGAGAGAGGGCAUACGACACUACCUGGAAGCAGGGUAUUCUGUUACACCUCCAUGCCUUGGGCUUCCGGGGUCGUAUGCCACUCUUCAUCGAGAAUUUUCUUUCACACCGUCUCUUCCAAGUCAGAGUAGGGUCUAUACUGUCUGAUCCUCAGGAACAGGAAAUGGGCGACACUCAGAGCAGCAUUCUUUCUCCAACUCUUUUCAACAUCAAAAUCGACUCAAUCUUGAAAUCAGUCUUUCCAGGUUUAGAGGCCUCUUUGUAUGUAGAUGACUUUGCUAUCUGCAUACGAGGCCGCUCCCUACCAUGCCUCGAAUGCCUGCAGUGCAGCCACCUCCGGUGCCGGAACCUGCAGUGCAAGCACCAGCCUACUUAAUUCUUACUUUUAUUUAUAAGAGGAGAUGCGAACUGAGUCUUGUUCAUUUUCCAUGAGGUACACAGCCAUUUGUCUCUCACCUGCUGGAAAAAGUGAAGAUUUGAUGUUUCAGUGCAAACGGUUUGGUUAAUUCUUCCUUCUAAAAUCCAUUUGCUUUAAGAUCUCGUAUAGUUUCAUAUUUCAUUCCCUUGAAACCUAUCAUUGUUUUUAUUUCCAGUUGCAAGUAUGCGAGCAUGGUUGUGCAUGCAUGUGCACAUUUGAGAUGAACUUUAGUCCCACUCGUUAAAUGCCAUAUCAUUUUGAGCAACACUUUCUUCUUUAUGGUGUCAUCCAUCCCUCCAUUAUAAGAGAAACAACUUUGAUAGGUGUUUGCUUGUAUGUGCUCCAGAAGCUGCCAUUUCAAGUAUUACAAGCCAGAUGUGGUAUCUUUAAUGGAAGUUUGGUGGUAAAGAUGUUGUGCACAAAAAGAUUUAAUUUGUGACCAAGCCCUUUAUUUGAAAUAUGGGAAACUUGCCACACCAGGUGUGUUUCUCAUUUUUGUGCCACACCUAACAAGUAUCCAUUGAAGCGCUAAUAUUUAUUGCACACCUUUCCUUGUGGAAUUUAUCUGCUUAUCACAGACCUUUCCAAUGGUGAUGCACCUCAGUCUGGAGUAACAUAUUCUGAGGGAAAAAAAAGUGAAUGGUUGUGUGAAUAAAUGCAUGAAUGAUGCUGAUGUAAUAAAUAAUGUUAACAAUGUUUAACUUUUGUGAAAUAAAUCCUACAAAGCAAAA